AUGGGUUCCGCAGAGUCAGUGGCAGCUGCCAUGUCUAGUUGUGUGCAGCUGCCCUCAAUGGCCCACGAGGAAGUUCGCCCACCCUGGGCUCUUGCACAAGCAGACAAGUUCGAGUACGAGGAUUGCCCUUUCUGCCGGAUGCGACGGUCACACUGCACCUGGCUGAAAACAGAGAUCAAGCGACUCAAGUCUGAGGCAGCUGCAGUGCAGACCACCAUUCCACCCAUCAUUCUGCCAGAAUUGAUGGAGCAACUCGAGGCUGGUCGCUUGCCGCCUUCGGGCUACACCGGGGGCGUUGAUGACAUCGUUGCAAGCAGCUGUCCACGAUGCGAAGAGUGGCGCCAGGAGGUUCUGGACCUUCAAGAAGAAGCACGCGAGCUGGAUGCGCAAUGCAAGGCGCGAAUCGAGUUUCGCAGCGGGCAAGCACGCAAAGUGGAAGAUCUCCUUAUUGCAAAGCGCCGCAUCGAGGCCAAGUUGCUCAGUGCCGGGCAUGGCGUCGCCGACGACGGGAAGCUCUCGGUCAUCACCCGGGUGAACUUGGCAGAUGAAGAUGCCUUGCUCACCGCGGCAAAGCAGCCCCUGUGA